AUGAAAUUUAACGUUUUUAAAUAUUUAACUUUAAUAUUUAGCUUGGGAAUUUACUCUUUUUCUUUUGUUUCUUCCCUUUUUCUGGCUAAUGGUUCAACUUUAAAGGACUUGUCUGCUGAAAUAUUUAAGCGUAUAGGUAGUGUGAUAAUUGACGCCUAUGAUACUCCUGCAACUGUUUACAUGAAGGAGCUUUUCAAUCACACUACGAGUGACUGUGAUAAAUGCUAUACGCACAUUUUUAACAUGGAAUAUCCCAGAAUGCUAUCAUCGCAAAUUUUUAAUAAGCCUGACCACUCAGUUAAUCUCUACAGAUUUGCUCUAAACAAGAAGAAACGUAAAAAACACUCAGAACGAUCUAAUUCUCAUACUAAACAUUCCGAUGCUAGUAAAAGACCUAAUGAGUAUAGUUAUUUAAAAUUCAAGUCUGAUGACGGAUCACAGAACCUUCAGCAGUACCUUUUAAACUUCGAAAAUAGUCAAUAUUUUGGUGAAAUUCAAGUGGGAACCCCGCCAAAAAGCUUCGUAGUCGUAUUUGACACCGGAUCAAGUCAAUUAUGGAUACCAUCAAAAGCAUGCCUCAAUCAUAGUUCAAAUGGUUGUGCAAGGCAUAGAAUGUUUGAUUCAUCUGCGUCUACUACUUAUGAACCCAUGAUGAAAGGUGAUGAAAUGAUGAGUGAAUAUAUCCGUUACGGUACCGGUGAAUGCGUACUGGCACUUGGAUUUGAUAACGUGAAAAUCGGGUCUCUAAAUGUGAAACACCAAUCAAUUGGAUUAUCUGUACUUGAAAGUGAGCAUCCGUUUGGCGAUUUGCCUUUCGAUGGGUUAGUUGGUCUUGGAUUUCCCGAUACUGAACUCAAAGAAUCAAAGAAACUCACUCCCAUAUUCGACUCGAUAAGAAAUCAGAAAAUAUUAAAGAGGAAUAUAAUAGCAUUUUACAUGUCAAAGGACAUUAAACAACCUGGGUCUCUUUCUUUUGGAAGCAUUGAUCCUAAAUAUGUACUUCCAGGACAUAAACCAUGGUGGUUUCCCGUUGUUAAAACUGAUUACUGGGAGAUUGAAGUAUCUUCCUUAUUGGUUGAUGGUGAACCUGUUCAGUUUGAUAGAAAAUAUAAUGCGGCAAUAGAUACUGGAAGUAGUUUAAUAUCAGGACCAUCAGAUGUGAUAAUACCUCUACUUGAAAAGAUUACUGUUGAAGAAGAUUGUUCUAACAUUGAUAAACUCCCACGUUUAUCAUUUGUAUUUUCAGAUGUCAUGGGAAGAAAAGUAAAAUUUGACCUUGAUCCUGAGGAUUACGUGUUAAAGGACGAAGUUGAGAAGGUGUGUAUGGUGGGAGUUCUGCCAAUGGAUAUGCCCGAGCCUAAAAAGCCUUUGUUUGUUAUAGGCGCAAACUUUCUCAGAAGAUACAUCUCAAUAUUCGACAGGGAUCAAAUGGUCGUUGGAUUAGUCCCGGCAUCACAUGAUCAAAAUAAUGAAAAUAAACAAGAACAACUCUCAGAUAAGUUCAAAGCGCCAGAUGACGCACAAAGAACUAGAAACUACUUCUACAUCGCCAUGGUAAUCCUGGCUCUAGUUGUCGGUCUUGGAUACUUUAUUUAUAACACAUAUCCUCCUCCACAAGAUCAAUUUUAAACUAAAACCCUU